AUGGCAGUAAGCUUUCAAGACUCUUUGAUCUUAAUCAUCAUAUGCUUAUUUGCACUCAUAUGUUACUCUCUCUUUUUCAAGAAACCAAAGAACGGCUUUGAAAUGCCUCCAAGCCCUCCUUCUCUACCCAUCAUUGGCCAUCUUCACCUUCUCCUCUCUGCUUCUACUCACAAGUCUUUACAGAAACUCUCUUACAAGUAUGGUCCUCUCUUCCAUCUGAACAUCUUUAGUUUUCCUGUGAUCUUUGUUUCCUCGGCCUCAGUGGCGUACGAGAUCUUCAGGGAACACGAUGUGAACUUCUCGUUUCGUGGAACCCCUCCUAUCGAUGAGUCCCUCUUGGUUGGAUCUUAUGGAUUUUUCACCGCUCCUUAUGGAGGUUACUGGAAGUUCAUGAAGAAGAUAAUGUUCACGAAGUUACUUGGACCGCAAGCACUAGAUCGGUCACGUGGUAUCAGGGCUGAUGAGGCAGAACGGUUUUACGCUAGCCUGCUUGAUAAGGGAGUGAAGAAUGAGAGCGUUGAGAUUGGUAAGGAAGCAAUGAAGUUCACAAACAAUAUUAUUUGCAAGAUGAUCAUGGGAAGGAGUUGUAAUGAAGAGAAUGGUGAGGCAGAGAGAGUCAGAGACUUGGUGACCAAGUCUACUGCCUUGACCAUGAAGAUUUUUGUGGCAAAUAUGUUUCAAAGACCCCUCAAGAAGCUCGGAAUAUCACUGUUUAGAAAGGAGAUAAUGAGUGUUUCUUGUAGAUUCGAUGAGGUGCUAGAGAGGAUUCUUGAGGAGCACGAAAAGAAAAAAGAUGAUGAUCAAGAUAUGGACUUGAUGGACGUGUUGCUGGAAACUUGUAGAGACGAAACGGCAGAGUAUAGGAUCACUAGGAGCCACAUAAAGUCCUUGUUUGUGGAUCUUGUCAUUGCAGGCAGUGACACUUCAAGACAUGCAACACAAUGGACAAUGGCAGAGAUCAUUAACAACCCUAAAGUUCUUGUAAGAUUGAGAGAAGAGAUUGAUUCCGUUGCUGGGAAAACAAGGUUGGUUCAAGAAAGGGAUCUUCAAAACCUCCCUUACUUGCAGGCGACUGUUAAGGAAGGACUGAGACUGCACCCUCCGGGAGCUCUCUUUGCGAGGAGCUCCCGAGAAGGGUGUAAGAUUAGAGGAUUUUAUAUACCGGAGAACACACCACUGGUUGUCAAUGCUUAUGCUGUGAUGAGAGAUCCUGAUUCUUGGGAAGAUCCUAAUGAGUUUAAGCCAGAGAGGUUUCUAGGUUCUCCAAGAUCAGGACAGGAAGAUGAGAGAGAGAAUGCACUUAAGUACAUUCCUUUUGGUAGUGGAAGGAGAGGAUGUCCGGGAUCAAAUCUAGCUUAUAUCAUUGUUGGAAUUGCAAUAGGAGUGAUGGUGCAGUGUUUUGACUGGAAGAUUAAAGAAGAUAAGGUUGACAUGGAAGAAGCUCCUAGAGCACUGGUCUUGACCAUGGCUCGACCACUUAGGUGCAUUCCUGUUGCUCGAACCUAUUGUUUAAUCUUCAUCUUCCUCUUUUUCUUUUCAAUCCUUUGUUAUUCUCUUUUCUUUAAGAAAACGAAGGACACACGAGUUGGUUGUGAUCUGCCUCCGAGCCCUCCGUCUCUUCCAGUCAUUGGUCAUCUUCAUCUUCUUCUCUCUACUCUAGUUCACAAGUCUUUACAGAAAAUCUCUUCCAACUAUGGACCUUUCGUCCACCUCCGAAUCUUUAAUACACCCAUCAUUCUCGUCUCCUCAGCCUCUGUGGCCUAUGAGAUCUUCAGAGCUCAUGACGUGAACGUCUCCUCUCGCGGUGCUCCUGCCAUAGAUGAGUCCCUCUUGUUUGGAUCAUCUGGCGUGAUCAACGCUCCUUGUAACGAUUACUGGAAGUUCAUGAAAAAGCUAAUGGUCACAAAGCUUCUUGGACCACAAGCACAAGAGAAGUCACGUGGCAUCCGUGCAGAUGAGAUAAAACGUUUUUACAUGAAGUUGCUUGAUAAGGCGAGGAAGAAGGAGAGUUUUGAGUUGGGUAAGGAAGCAAUGAAGCUUGUUAAUAAUAUCAUGUGUAGGAUGAGCAUGGGAAGGAGAUUUUCUGAGGAGGAUGGUGAAGUGGAGAGAUUUAAGGGUUUGGUUACCGAGUGGAGCGGUUUGAUAAAGAGAAUGUUCUUGGCAGUCAUGUUCCGUAGACAACUAGAGAAGCUUGGAAUGUCACUAUUCAAGAAUGAAAUAAUGAGGGUUUCCAACAGAUGUGAUGAAAUACUAGAAAGGGUUCUAGUGGAACACAAAGAGGAACCAGACAAGGAUCAAGGAACAGAUAUGAUGGAUGUGUUGUUGGCAGCUAAUGGAGACAAAAAUGCUGAGUACAAGAUCACUAGGAACCACAUCAAGGCGUUUUUUGUGGAGCUUUUGUUUGGAGCCAUUGACACCUCAUCAACAACAAUACUGUGGACAAUGGCUGAGAUUAUCAACAACCCCAACGUCCUUGAGAAACUGAGAAAAGAACUCGAUUCCGUUGUAGGGAAAACAAGGUUAAUUCAAGAAACAGAUAUACCAAACCUCCCUUACUUGCAAGCGGUGGUCAAGGAAACAUUAAGGUUGCACCCUCCUGGGCCUCUCUUGCCAAGAGAAUUUCAAAAGGAAUGUGAGAUCGGAGGGUUCUAUAUACCGGAGAAGACAAGACUUGUGGUUAAUGUUUAUGAUAUAAUGAGAGAUCCUGAUCUUUGGGAAGAUCCUCUUAUAUUUAUGCCAGAGAGGUUUCUAGCUUCUUCAAAAUCAGGUCAAGAAGAUGAGAGAAAAGAGAAAGUACUAAAGUAUCUUCCUUUUGGUAGCGGAAGGAGAGGAUGUCCUGGCUCAGCUCUAGGUUAUAUCUUAGUGGGAACUGCAAUAGGAGUUAUAGUGCAUGGAUUUAAGUGGAGAACCAAUGGAGAUAAAGUCAAUAUGGAAGAGGUUAUGGAAGGGGUCAUUCUAACCAUGGCUCAUCCUCUUAAGUUCACUCCCGUUACUCGAUAUGUACCCUUGUCUUAG